AUGGAUCUGUUGAUCCUGAGGGAAAGCAUGGCGCUGUCAGCCCCCACUCCCAUAACAGAUGGAACGGUUGUGGGAAAAGUGGAAUCUCAGUUUGAAAGUCUCAGGCCUCUCAUGUUGUCAGUUCAGGAGGACGACGGCAACAAUCUGUUCCUACUCAACCCCAUCUCUGGAGAGUUCCUAUUAUCUCGCAGCCUGGACUUUGAAAGACAAAAGUUUUACAUUCUCUCUGUGGAGCUGCAACUGGGGGACUCACAGGUGUCCAGUGUCAGAGUUUACUUCAAUGUGCUGGAUGUGAACGACAACCCCCCUGUUUUCAGUCAGGAAAACGUAACUGUGUCUCUGCUGGAGGACUCAUCAGCAGGAACAUGCUUCCUGUCGCUGAAUGUGUCCGAUAAGGAUGAAGAUUGUUUUUUUUUCCUCUUUCCAGGUGAAAAUGCAGAAAUAAAACUAAGACUGGUCAGUGGUGAUGAAGAAAGUUCCUUCUUCAUUCAUUCCACAGGUCGUUUAUGUUUAAGUGAAGACUUAGACAGAGAGAGAAAAUCCUUCUACAAUCUCACAGUGACGGCAAAUGACUGUGGUCACCCAUUGUCCUUACAGCUCACCAGUACAGCAUACAUUUUUGUUGUGGUUGAAGAUGUCAAUGACAAUUCUCCUCUAUUUGUGUCUGCCAAAAGUGUUAGUAUACCAGAAAAUACAGCAUUGCAUAGUGUUAUAAUGACAGUACACGCUGAGGAUGAAGAUGUUGGACCCAAUGGUGAGGUUUGGUACCAACUCAGCAAAACUCAUGAUGGGACAUUCAGCAUCAACAACACAAGUGGAAAUGUAUACCUAGAGCAGAUGUUGGACCGAGAGUUGGAGGAUACUCUAAUAAUAACAAUAGCUGCCACUGAUAAAGGCUCCCCUCAAAUGACAAGCAAAAUGAAUUUCACAGUGCACAUUGAGGAUGUCAAUGACAAUGACCCUCAGUUUCUAGAAAGCAACUACAGCCUGUCUGUAAGAGAAGAUAUCUCCAGAGGGACAAGCUUGUUUCGCGUUCAAGCUAAUGAUCAAGAUAUUGGGCGCAAUGGACAAGUGCGGUACAUCCUGACUCCAGCUGGUCCAUUUGUAGUGGACGCAGUUCGAGGUGUUGUCACCGUCAUGUCUGCACUUGACAGAGAAAAAGAUUCAAAUUACAGCUUUAUAAUAAAAGCUGUAGAUCAAGGGACUGUACCUAGAUCUACUACUGCUUCUGUUAGCAUUACUGUGUUGGACAUCAAUGACUUUGCUCCCCGUUUUGUGCCAGAAACACUGACAAUUCAUGUCAAGGAGAAUGAGGAGGAGAUAUCUCAGUUAACAAAGCAGGUGGUGAUUCCCCCUAGUGACCAUUGAAUUCUGGAGAUUUGGUAAAAAUUUUUUACUGUUGACUCUUUUGUUUGUUUGGCCAGGUCUCAGCUGUGGAUGAAGAUCUUGACAUAAACAGUCAACUUAUAUACCUCUUGGAUAAAGGAGAUGGAGGUUUGUUCUCCAUUUCUCCUGAUGGUGUGUUUCAGAUUUUACACAGCCUUGACAGGGAGAAACAGUCUCUGUACAUUGUCACUAUCACUGCUUUUG